CUCGCGCAAGCCGAAUUGGCUUACCGCGGGCAUAAACAAAUCACUUGUUUUGUAUCUGCUAUUGGCAAUGGUUUAAAUAGUGGAACAAAUGCGCUGUAAUAGCAAGUUUGGAUCCUGACACUACGAUUUCUGGGUGUUAACAAAAUUCCCUGACAUGCAUCGAAAGCUUGAAUGACUGAGGAGUGUGGAGCGAGGAGGAGUGGAAACAUGGCAGACAGGAGACAGCUGUUUGCUGAGAUGCGGGCACAAGAGUUUGACUCCAUCAGGUUAUCAACCUACAGGACGGCUUGCAAACUCAGAUUCAUCCAGAAGAAAUGCAACUUACACUUGGUUGACAUCUGGAAUGUCAUUGAGGCUUUCAGGGAGAACGGUCUCAACACCAUGGAGCUCAACACAGAGUUCACUGUGGCUCGUUUAGAAGCAAUACUGUCCGCCAUCUUCUACCAGCUUAACAAGCGAAUGCCCUCCACCCACCAGAUCAGCGUGGAGCAGUCUAUAAACCUGCUAUUGAACUUUCUGAUGGCUACUUAUGACCCGGAAGGCCUCGGGAAGAUCUCUGUCUUUGUUGUGAAGAUGGCUCUUGCAACAAUAUGUGGGGGAAAGAUUCUGGACAAAUUGAGAUAUGUUUUUUCACAGAUCUCUGACAAUACGGGUAUAAUGAUCUACUCCCAGUUUGACCAGUUUUUAAGUGAAGUGCUCAAAUUACCCGCAACUGUUUUCGAGGGACCCUCCUUUGGCUACACAGAACAAACUACAAGAACUUGCUUUCCACAACAGAAGCUGGUGUCACUGAACGCCUUCCUGGACACCCUGAUGUCAGAUCCACCUCCUCAGUGUCUGGUCUGGCUGCCUCUGAUGCAUCGCCUGGCUAAUGUUGAAAACGUCUUUCACCCGGUCGAGUGCUCCUACUGCCACAGCGAGAGCAUGAUGGGCUUUCGCUACCGAUGCCAGCGAUGUCAUAAUUACCAGCUCUGUCAGGACUGCUUCUGGAGGGGGCAUGCCAGUGGUUCCCAUAGCAACCAGCACCAAAUGAAGGAGUAUACGUCAUGGAAAUCUCCUGCUAAGAAGUUUUCGAGUGCCCUUAGCAAGUCACUGAGUUGUGCUUCCACGCGGGAGCCCUUGCACCCUAUGUUUCCGGACGUGCCUGAGAAACCGCUUAACCUCGCCCACAUAGUGCCUCCCAGACCAAUGAACAGCAUGAGUGACUUAAUGUUGUCUCAUUCGAUGCCCUCAGCAGGACUCCCCCUUUCCAAUAAAAUAGUUCCUUAUGCAGAAAAUGAUGGAAUUACACAUGAAGUUUUGACUAAGACCUCAAAUCUUUUGCCAGGGACAGGGUUAAGCUACAGCCCUGAUUUUGCAGAUAAACUUACAGAUGAGCACAUACACAUUGGGCUGUAUGUCAGUCUACUGAAAAACAACCAGACAUGUCUUCUGGAGAACAACAGCAAUAACCAAGAGGAGGAACACGGUCUCAUUGCCCGCUAUGCAUCUCGACUGGCCACGAAUGGUGGAACGCCAAUGCAACCAUCUAGGAUGCCCUCACCAGACAUCUCCUUCUCUUUGGAUGCCAAUAAGCAGCAGAGGCAGCUCAUAGCUGAGCUGGAAAACAAGAACAGGGAGAUCCUGCAGGAGAUUCAGCGUCUCCGGCAGCAGCAUGCGCAGGCCUCAAUCCUGCCACCAGACAAGGGCCAGCAGAACCCCACCCUCCUGGCAGAGCUACGACUGCUCAGGCAGCGGAAGGACGAGUUGGAGCAGAGGAUGUCCGCCCUGCAGGAGAGUCGCAGGGAGCUUAUGGUGCAGCUGGAGCAGCUCAUGAUGCUGCUGAAGACGCAGGGCCCAGGCCCCUCCCCCCGCUCUUCCCCGAGCCACACAGCGAGCCGUCCCAUCCCCAUGCCAACGCAGGCCAGCUCGGCAGGCACCACACCCACCCAGACCCCUCAGGACUCUCUGAUGGGGGUGGGUGGGGACGUGCAGGAGGCCUUUGCCCAGGGCCCCAGAAGGAAUCUGAGAAAUGACCUUCUAAUUGCUGCAGAUUCCAUCACCAAUACCAUGUCAUCUUUGGUCAAAGAACUAAACUCAGAGGCUGGGGGUGAGGCUGAGAGUAACACAGAAGCAGAGGGGUGCCUGCAAUUUGAGGACCCUGUCACCUCUCCAUCGUCAGAGGUCUACCUCACUCAGCUCAGCACCAGAAAACCAGGGCACAUUGACACUGACACCUACGAGAAUGACUUGGUUCAGGAACUGGAGAGUGAGCUGAAGAUGGAGGAGUUCCUGAAACAGAGACGGGAUGCAGAAAAGGCCUACAUGGUAACAUUACAAGAGUGAAUACACUGAAGCAAGACUUGCAGACCUCGCGGGAAGCACAUGACUGAGGACCAGGCCCAGGCCUACUGCAAAGACAUAGAGGACUGAGUUCUAACAUUGCUAAAUAAUUAGAAUUUGAAUAUAUAUAUAUAUACAGGUACAUAUAUAUGUCUCUGUGAAUAAAUAUAUAUAUGAUAUAUAAAUAUAUAUUUUUAAAAUCAAAAUCAAAAUAUUUAAGUAAAUACUGAGCAGAACUGGAAAUUUUAACAUUGAAGCUGUCUACUACACCGCUGGUGCCAUACAAUCAAAUGACAUGGAUAUUAUUUGUUGUUGAUGUUGAUGUUCUUGUCACUGUUUCUGUAUGUUUUUAUAUGCUUGGGUCUGUAUGUUUUACAUAGGCCUACCUUAUUGUGAAGCGAUUAUUUCUGUUGUUUUUCGGUGUCCUUUCGAGCGGCAGACGUCACCUUUACUUCUUGUGAGCUAAUUGAUAUUUAUUGAAAACAAAAGAGUUUGACUACUUACUACAAAGUUCUCCUCUGGAGCAAAAGUUUAAUCUGCCGUCUCCACCAUGGCGCCACCUAUCAGAAUUUCUGAGAGCAAACAAAUCUGUUGAAGCUGUUUGCUUGUCGCAAUUAUAUUUUAGUCAAAUUAGUAUGAUAGAAAUUUAAUCAUUUUUGUGUUUGUUCACCAGUCACUGAUAUAAUAAAUGCUUUUCAUCA